GCGAGUGAAGGUGCCCAGGGUCAUCAAGCAGCCGGGUAUAUAAACCCACACUGCUGGCUCUAACUUACACUCACAUAUACAACAUGCAGUUUAUCGUUCUCACCUGCGUGGCCGCUGUGGCCCUGGCCUCACCUGUCUAUGAUCAACACUCAGCAGAGACGCCCAAAAUUCUGGUUGACGAACGCCACAUAGCCGACGACGCCUCCUACUACAACUUCCAGGUGGAGACUGAGGACGGCAUCACUCGCCAGGAGUCAGGUGCUACCAUCAAGGAAGGCUCUGCUGAAGGAGCCGUCGCUCAGAGCGGAUCAGUCUCCUUCACCCUCCCCGACGGACAGCAGUUCGAGAUGACCUUCGUGGCUGACGAGAACGGCUUCCAGCCCCAGUCCAGCUUCCUGCCGGUGGCACCUGAGUUCCCUCACGAGAUCCCCCAGUUCGUGCUCGACCAGAUCGAGAAGGCGCGACUUGAGGACGAAGCUGAGUCCCGCAAGGGUCCCUCCUCCAAAUACGGCGCCCCAUAAGUCUCCUCACUUUGCUCACCGCCUCUUGUCACCUCAGUCAGUUUAACAUCACUGUGGGAGCAGUUGACUCCUGCUCAUACUAGUGUCGUCUACCUGGCUGACCAUUAUGUUCUGUACAUAUGUAUUUAUUUAACAAUAAAAUGCAAAUAUA